AUGUGAAAGAGGAGCUGAGAAAGAAAGCAGCAAUUCAAGCUACAGCUGGUGGAAAUCAGUCACAUAAGUACUUUUGUGUCUUUUUGGUUAUUACCAGGAACUCCUUAUUAAUCUGGGCCCGUAAACAACGAGGACCGUAUUACGAUCCAUCUACACGAAUGUAUCAUGUGGACAAAAACUCGAAGCAUUAUUAUGAAGGAUAUACGGAAGCAAAUGCCGAAGCUGAAAAUGAAGCCGCUGGCUUUAAAAACGUCCCCCUUCCACCAACCAAACCCGUGUUCGUCAAUGUAGAAAAGGAACUAGUUUCCAUUGGUAAUCACUUAUCACCCGCUAGAAGUGGAAGUCCGAGCGGGCGAAGGCCAGGAAGACCAAGGAAAUCCGAGUCUCGUCUUAACGGUUAA